GAGUCGAAAUCGGAAAGAUCGUUUUCGUUGGAGGGAGGUUGUCAUCUCUUUCAGUGAUUAUUCGAUAGAAAUUAGGGUUUGCAGUUUCCUCUCAGAGAGGGUGUAAGCAAAUUAAAUAUGUAUUCUGAUCGAGUGGAAGGUGAGACUGUAAGAAGGAAGACGGUUAAGAGUCGUCUCAAUGGCGGUUCCGGCGACUUAUCUUCUCGCGGGAGACAAGUCACCACGAGGAAGAGAGGAAGGCAGGAUGACGAUAAGUGGGAGCAUGAUCUUUUCGAGGAUGACACCAAGCCUCGUAUUUCAAAUCGCAAGGUUGACCCUAGAGAUCUCCGCUUGAAGCUCCAGAAGAAGCAUCAUGGCUUGCAAAGUCGACUAGGUGGAGCUAGUUUGGAUCUGCGUGAGAAGCUAUCUGGGACAAAGAAUGCACUACCAAGGAACACUAACCUUCAAAAAUCUACUAGGGUGGCUACUAGACCAGCCGUCAAGAACCUUUCUGGUGAAACCAGGUCUGAGACUAGGGCAGCUUCUAACAAAGCUACCAAGAAGAAACCACCGCAGGCCGAUAUGUCGGUUGAUGGCUUCCUGGAAUCAUUGGGUCUCGAGAAAUAUUCAACCUCAUUUCAAGUGGAAGAAGUUGAUAUGGAUGCUCUUAUGCAUAUGACAGAUGAUGACCUCAAAGCUAUGCUCAUACCAAUGGGCCCCAGGAAGAAGAUACUUCUCGCUUUGGGAUCUAAACGUGGAUAAGAUUUGCGUCUUGCUUCAAGGUCUUAGGUGAAUGAUUGUCAGAAAGAUCCCGAACUUCUCCUUUUUUUUGUUGCCCCUUUUCUUUCUCAUCUGUAUCUCAAAAGACGAAAGUAGGUAGAAUUUUGAGAUUAAAACAGUUGUAACUCUGAGAAAAAGCACUGAUAUUUAAAGACUGAAGAAGGAAAUGUUGAAAUGAGAACAGAAAAAAUGUUUUUU